AUGGCGAAAGAAUUGUUCAUGGUGUCGAAUUUGACGGCUGAACCAGCCCGUGACUCAAACGAGAAAGUCACCCACGGUACCAACAUCUACAAUGUUGACAUUGUCAUCCACAACCGCGUCGACCCUGACUACUGCGGGGAACUUGCAGCGCUGGAGUUUAUCCCGAGGGAGAAGAGGACCGACUCGGGAGAGUUGUUUGACGUCUCUCUACUCCAAUUCAGCAGAUGGGAGACAUAUCCCAAAAGCCAGUGCGCUUUUGACCCUGAGCGCCGUCUAGUCCGUCCGUUACAGAAAGGUCACGCUACCCUCCGCCAACCAACACCUAUCCAUUCCCGCGAGCAGUGGCACCGAGCACUAUUGAAAGCCAAUACCGCCCCCGUUGAGUUUGAAAUUGUUGCACGGAAGUCAAUCAAGAGACAGGGUGCGCCGUGA